ACCCCAACAUCCCUCGUGUCUGUCAUCAUCCGCUUUCUUCAAAUAGAAUCCACCGUUCAUCCAAACAAGCAGACCCUAUGUCUCCGUUCUCAAGAUAUUCCUCUUUCUCCCUCUCCCCCCAUUUUUCCAUAUAAAUUUCAACCACAAAACCCUAAUUUUCGCCAUCCAAAUCCCACUCCUCCCUGUAAAAAUGUCGAAACUUAUCUCCAUGUUGCUUGUUUUAAUCUUCGUCUCCACCUCUGUUCUUGCUGCUCGUCCCCCUGCAACUCCAAUGGAAGGUCUCUUGCCAAAUGGAAACUUCGAAGAACCACCAAAAGCAACCGACAUAAAGAAAACAGUCCUGCUGGGUAAAACCGCAUUACCCAAAUGGGAAAUCAGCGGUCUAGUUGAGUACAUCCACGGCGGACCUCAGCCGGGUGGAAUGUACUUUCCGGUGGCACACGGCGUCCACGCCGUCAGACUCGGGAACGAAGCUACAAUCUCUCAAAAUAUAGCUGUGAAAGCUGGAUCUUUAUAUGCUGUGACGUUUGGUGCUUCCAGGACAUGUGCGCAAGAGGAGGUUUUGAGAGUAUCGGUGCCACCGCAGUCCGGUGACCUUCCGCUGCAGACUCUUUACAGCAGCGACGGUGGCGAUGUCUACGCUUAUGGAUUUAAAGCGAAUUCGAGCUCAGUGAGGUUAACCUUCCAUAACCCUGGUGUACAAGAAGAUCCCAAAUGUGGUCCUCUCAUUGACGCCGUCGCCAUUAAAGAGCUCCUCCCUCCCAGACCUACUCGCCUUAAUAUCGUGAAAAAUGGCGGAUUUGAGGAAGGACCUCACCGGUUAUUCAACUCCUCCAAUGGCGUCCUCCUCCCUCCUCGACAAGAAGACAUAACAUCUCCUCUCCCCGGAUGGAUCAUCGAGUCUCUAAAAGCCGUUAAGUUCAUCGACAACAAACACUUCAACGUCCCCUCCGGCGUCGCCGCCAUCGAACUAGUCGCCGGAAGAGAAAGCGCCAUCGCACAAAUCCUCCGAACAAUCCCAAACAAACUCUACAGCCUAUCAUUUGCCAUUGGAGACGCGAAGAACGGGUGCCAUGGAGACAUGAUGGUUGAAGCAUUUGCUGCAAAAGACACCCUGAAAGCUCCAUUCAAAUCGGAAGGAAAGGGGAAGUCGAAGGUGGUGAGCAUGAAGUUUAAGGCGCUGUCGGCGAGAACUAGAGUGACUUUUUACAGCUCGUAUUAUCACACUAGGGCUGAUGAUUUUGGAUCUCUUUGUGGCCCUGUAAUUGAUGAAGUUAGGGUUUUUCCUGUGAGAGCUUAAGAUGGAGAAGAUGAUAUGUAAAAAUUCGAGUUGAGUCUGGUCUUAGUUUGUGAAUCAGACCCCUUGAUUUAUUUGAGCUUGGUCGCUUGUUUAACGUGCCAUGAAUGGAAUUAGUUUCUGGUACUAA